UAUUCCAAUUAAUCAAAAUAAGCCUUUAUUUUUUUAAUUAUUAUUAUUUUUCCAAUGCCCGAAUCUGUAGUUUGGUCGAUUAGGGUUUAUGAACUUGGAUAUAAAUUCCGCCCCUCUUCUUCCUCUUCUGCAGUCGGUUCCCCACUCAGCCCAUUCUUUGCGCGACAAGAAAUGGCGACGGUUCCAGGGCAAUUGAUUUGGGAGAUCGUGAAGAAGAACAACUCUUUCUUGGUGAAAGAGUUUGGGAGAGGGAACGCUAAAGUCCAGUUCAGCAAGGAGAGCAACAAUCUCUACAAUCUCAACUCCUACAAGCACUCCGGUCUAGCAAACCGCAAGACGGUGACUAUUCAGUCUGUCGGAGACAAGGAGCCGUCGGUGGUGUUGGCUACCACGAAAACAAAGAAGCAGAACAAGCCGAAGAGCUUGUCCCACAAGUCUGUUAUGAGGAAGGAGUUCCCUCGCAUGGCUAAAGCUGUUACCAAUCAGGUUGCAGAUAACUACUACAGGCCAGACUUGAAGAAGGCAGCUCUUGCUAGACUUAGUGCUGUCCAGAGGAGCCUUAAGAUUGCCAAGUCUGGUGUCAAGAAGAGGAACAGGCAAGCUGUUAGGGUCCCUGGUAGGAAGUGAAAGGUCUUGGAGAAAGUUACAAUCCUUUGUUCCUUUGGGUGCUUCUCUUUUAGUUGCUGUUAAAAUUUCAGACUGGCUAGAAGUUAUAUAUUUAUGUUCGGUCCUCUCCAUGUACUCGGAAUUUUUUAGUUGCUGGAUUUGGUGAAUCCUCGAUUUUUGACUUGCAGUUGGGAUAUGAUUUUCGAGAAAAGGACAGACCUUGAGUGAGUGACUUCUA